AAUUGAAUAAGAUACUUAAAUAAUAUAAGAAAGAUAUAUAUUCAAUUUAUAUAUUUAGUGAGGACACGCAUACAAACUAAUAUAAGUAAUUAAAUUUAAUUCCUGUUUCGGAACUAACUGCGGUUAAAGAUUAUUUUAGGCACACUUCAUAUAAAAUUUUCUUAUAAUAUACAUAUUGCAACCAACAUUAUGCAACUAACUUGACGUUAUACCUGAGAAUACAGCAGAUGUGAUACGUAACAUUUCAACCAAGUUUUUUGAUCACAUAUUAGUAAUUUUUCUUCUGUAAGUACUAUCAAUGAUAUCGCGUGAAUUGAAGUUUUGAAUAUUUAAUGCUGUGUCGUAUGUGCUUUGUAGUUUAACAACUUUGUACAUGCUCGAUAAAUUUUUCUCAUUGAAUGCGAGGUAACGUCGAUUUACGCAGCAAGAGCAACCAUCAGUUUUUCUCUAACCUUCGAUAUGGGUGAUUCAAAAUACUCCAGACGAAAUGAAAGGCUUCGAAUGGGCAGUGAAAUUGAAUCGUGCGGGUUUGAAUUUACUUGGGCUAUGGCCUAAUCCGGAAGAAACUUCCAGAGAGAAAAUAAUGAGCAAUAUACGUGUGCUUUUUACAUUUCUGGUGGUGACAAUUUUAUUAGUGCCUUGUUUACAUUCAUUAAUUAAAGUUCAUUGUGAUAUUAUGCUGACAACAGACAAUUUACAAUUUACUUUACCGAUUCUUAGCAACAUAAUAAAACUCCCAAUAUUUUGGUGGAAAAAAAAAGCACUUGCCCCGCUUGUAAAGAUGAUUGUCGAAGACUGGUUAAAGACAAAAACCACCGAUGAAAAAAAUACGAUGAUCAAAUGGGCGCUACGUGCACGUAUAAUAAUUACAUGCACGUAUCAUGUAAUAGUGAUGGGAUUCAUAAUGCUUUUCGGCAUGCCUAUUAUCGGAAAAUCAUUGACUAUGACACCGAAUAUCACUGAUUCCGGCAAAUCAAUGGUUAUACAAACCUAUUACAUUUAUGAUGUAGCAAAGAGCCCACAGUACGAAUUAACAAUUAUUAGUCAAUUCAUCUCUCUCAGUACUAUUGCCAUACUUUAUAUAGGAGUUGAUAAUUUUUUUGGAUUAUGUGUUUUUCAUAUUUGCGGACAAUUGAGCAUCAUGAGGAAUCGUUUGAAACAUAGUCACGAAAAUUUUCGAACCUUAUUGAAAAAUAACGUGAAGUAUCAUAUUCGAUUGCUCAAAGCUAUAAAUACUAUAGAAGAUACGUACAGUGUGAUCCUUUUAAUAUUGUUUGUAUAUUUUGGAAUAAUGUUUGCGUUCUGCGGAUUCCUAUUCAUUACUCUACUUGAAGUCGAAGGGAACACUGUAUCGUACACGCGUUUGUUAUUUAUUAUCGUUAUUAUUAUCUCUAUGCUCGUACAUAUGGGUAUUUAUUGCGCAGUUGGCGAGGCACUAAUAUCUGAAUGCAAUGGAAUUUAUUAUGCGGUCUACGAAUUCAAAUGGUACUAUUUGGAUCCAAAAGAAGUGAAGGAUUUAAUCCCAUUUAUGAUUAAAGUUAGUGAGCCUGUAUAUUUCACUGCUGGAAAAGUGUUUCCAGUGACAAUGGCUAUGCUUUGCAAUUUGAUGAAGACAUCGGCCGGUUACAUAUCUGUUUUACUUGCAACGACGAGGAAUUAAAAUUUCCUUUAAGAAUAAAUUCUUUUUAGCGUUUCCUAGAACCAUAACAGUAAUAAAAGAAACUGUAAGUAUUUUAUUUAUUUACCUUAGUUUAUUACUUCUACUUAUCGCAUACAAUUCUUAAAUAUUGAAUAUUUCCGUAAAGUUUAUUAUGUUCAAGAUUUAGAUAAAAGUCAGUUAUUGUAUAUAUUGUAAUGGUACUUUUACAAAUAAUUUCUGAUGUGGAGCCGAUAUAUAAUCUGGAAUUUGUCUUACACUACCAUGCUUUUAGAAAAAUAAGAAUGUAUAAUAAGUAUUAUUAUAUUAUACUAGUAUAAUUUUAAUCAACUAAUGUUACAUAAGUAGAAUUAGUGUUAAUGUUUCCGUUGCAAUAAAUACAAAAUAAUAUAAAAUUGUAAUUAAAAUUAACUUAUUAAAAGAGACGUAAAUAAUCUUCUA